UAAGUUGUCGACGUUACUAGUGUUAAAAAUCGUAAGCAAGAAAAAAGUGGAAAAUGAUACCAAGACCAAAGCAACAAUCCAAUUAUCCAAAGAGGCAUAGCAAAAGCAAAGAAAAGCACCUAAAGCUCAACGUAAAAGUCAUCAAAUAUUCCUUGAAACAUUUGAGGAAACAAAGAAAAAUUCUCUCCAAACGUGCAUUACCAUCCCAAAGUAGUAUUAUAAAGUACUCCUACAUAACUCUGAAACUACGUACUCCAACUCUCUAGCUCACUGUUUUCCCACUCUCUUGUAAUUUCCCUUGUGUCAAAAAAAUCAAAAUGGGCAUUUGUUUCACUAAAGAUUUCUGGUUCAAGAAAUGGCGCUUAAUACCAAUAACAUCUCAAAAACAACCAGAAAAACCUUCACCUCCAACUCCACCUCCAAAGCCAGUGAUCCCUUCUUUCAAUACUAUGCCAAGAACUAAUACUAGUAAUAUUGGACCAAUUUUGGGCAAGCCUUAUGUUGAAAUUACCACCCUUUAUGAUCUUGACAAAGAACUUGGGAGGGGUCAAUUUGGAAUAACAUAUCUCUGUACUGACAAAUCCACUGGAUUAAAAUAUGCAUGUAAAUCCAUAUCCACAAAAAAACUUGUAACUCCCAAGGAUAUAGAAGAUGUUAGAAGGGAGAUUAUGAUAAUGCAAUAUUUGAGUGGACAGCCUAAUAUUGUUGAGUUCAAAGGUGCUUAUGAGGACAAGAGUAAUCUACAUUUGGUUAUGGAGUUGUGUUCUGGUGGGGAGCUUUUCGACCGAAUUACUGCAAAAGGAAAUUAUUCUGAGAAAGAAGCUGCAAAUAUUGGAAGACAAAUUGUGAAUGUUGUUCAUGUUUGCAAUUUUAUGGGGGUGAUGCAUAGAGAUCUUAAACCUGAGAAUUUCUUGAUGGUUAGUAAGGCAGAUGAUUCUCCUUUAAAGGCCACGGAUUUUGGUCUCUCUGUUUUCAUUGAGGAAGGAAAAGUUUAUAAGGAUAUUGUUGGAAGUGCAUAUUAUGUGGCUCCUGAGGUGUUACGGUAUAACUAUGGGACGGAGAUAGACAUCUGGAGUGCUGGAGUCAUUUUAUACAUUCUGUUGAGUGGUUUUCCUCCUUUCUCGGCUGAGACCGAAGAAGGAAUAUUUGAAGAGAUACUUAAAGGCCAUGUGGAUCUUGAAAGCCCUCCCUGGCCUUUUAUAUCUGCCUCAGCGAAGGAUCUUGUCAAGAAAAUGUUGACAGUGGAUCCUAAGAGAAGGAUCACUGCACAUCAAGCCCUCGAACAUCCAUGGCUGAAGAAAGAUGGUGAGGCAUCGGACAAGCCUAUCGAUAGUGCUGUUUUGGUCAGGAUGAAGCAAUUCAGAGCAAUGAACAAGAUGAAGAAGCUUGCCCUCAAGGUUAUUGCAGAGAAUUUAUCAGAAGAAGAAAUCAAGGGACUUAAACAAAUGUUUAGCAACAUAGAUACUGAUGGAAGUGGUACAAUCACAUAUGAAGAACUUAAAACUGGAUUAUCUAGGCUAGGAUCCAAGCUCACUGAAGCAGAAAUAAAGCAGCUGAUGGAAGCAGCUGAUGUUGACAAAAGCGGGACUAUAGAUUACAUCGAGUUCAUUACUGCUACAACGCAUCGACACAGACUUGAAAGAGAAGAAAACUUGUUCAAGGCUUUUCUGUAUUUUGACAAGGAUUGUAGUGGAUUUAUAACAAGAGAUGAGCUCAGACAUGCUAUGACCGAGUAUGGAAUGGGGGAUGAAGCUACAAUCGAUGAAAUUCUUGAUGACGUUGACACAGAUAAAGAUGGGAAAAUUAACUAUGAUGAGUUUGUUGCAAUGAUGAAAAGAGGUACUGUUGAUGGUGAAGGAAAUCAUUGAUACGUUAACCAUUAUGCUCUUGCCUUCAUUUCUUGCAAAUGUGGAUCAACUUGAGUGUAAAAUGGCAAGCAUUCUCUAUCAAUAAGAUCUUUCACUAGUUGAAUUUGGGUUGUUUAGUUUGCUCAAGCUGACCUUGUUUAUAGUAACUGCAUUUGUACUAUACCAAGAAUAAGAUCCAUUUACAAUGAAGUGCACCUUACCUUAUCCUUUGCAGUGGAGAAUAAUUUUUCAAUUGGUUUCUAUAUGUAAAAGUUUGCUAGUUAUUGUUGUGAAAAUGGAUUAAAGGAAACUUACCUAGUAGUAGGGAAGGCAGCCCGGUGCACAAAGCUCCCGCUAUGCACAGGGUCCAGGAAGGGCCGGUCUAUUGUACGCAGCCUUACCCUGCAUUUCUGCAAGAGCCUGUUUAUACGGCUCGAACCCAUAACCUCCUGGUCACAUGACAACAACUUUACCAGUUACGCCAAGGCUCCCCUUCAUACCUAAAAGUAGUAUAAUUUUAUUAUUUUCCAUCUCAAUUGUGAAACACACAACAACAAACGACCCAGUAUAAUCCCACUAGUGGGGUCUGAGAAGGGUAGUUUGUACGCAGACCUUACCCAUACCCUAGGAUAGAGAGGCUGUUUCCGAUAGACCCUCGGCUCCCUCCCUCCAAGAACUCCCCACCUUGCUCUUGGGAUGACUCGAACUCACAACGUCUUGAUUGGAAGUGGAGUGUGCUUACUCCUAGAGCAACUCAUUCUUGUAUCAAUUGUGAAACACACAAACCUCUUAAAUCCCAAGCUAUAUAAAGAACUAUGUAACUCCACGAACUUAUGAUUAUAUCCUCAAAAAGACAUAC